AUGGUAAAGCCAAAUGGAGGAGGAAACUCUACUACUCCUCACUUCCCACUCAUCCAUCAAUGCACAUCAACCGGACGCGAAAACGACACGGUUGUCUCCGACAUGGAUGGAACCCUACUUUGCGGACGAAGCUCCUUCCUUUACUUUGCCUUAGUCGCUUUCGAAGUAGGCGGCAUUUUGAGGCUCCUUUUCUUGCUCUUAGCCUCUCCAAUAGCUGGAAUUCUCUACUACUUCAUCUCCGAAGCAGCGGGAAUCCAAGUCCUAGUCUUUGCAACAUUUGUGGGAAUGAGGGUGUUCGACAUUGAGUCCGUGGCACGUGCUGUACUUCCUAAGUUUUACUCGAGCGACCUGCACCCGGAGGCAUGGCGCGUGUUCUCUUCAUGUGGAAAGAGAUGCGUCCUCACGGCCAAUCCGAGGAUCAUGGUGGAGGCGUUCUUGAAGGAAUAUUUGGGUGCGGAUGUUGUUAUUGGGACUGAGAUAGGUGUGUUUAAAGGUAGAGCUACUGGUUUUGUUAAGAGACCUGGGAUUCUUGUGGGGAAAGAAAAGGCUACCGCGCUCAAGAAGGCGUUUGGAGAGACGUCGUGGCCACCUGAGAUUGGACUUGGUGAUAGAAAAACUGAUUAUCCAUUCAUGAAGUUGUGCAAGGAAAGCUACAUAGUUCCAGCUAACUCUGGAGUGGAGCCUAUUAGCCAUGACAAGUUACCAAAACCCAUAGUAUUCCACGAUGGCCGGCUAGUCCACAAACCCACGCCAAUCAUGGCACUACUAACCAUCCUCUGGAUCCCCGUUGGCUUCCUAUUAGCCUGCCUACGAGUCGCGGCCGGUUCUCUACUCCCAAUGCCCAUAGUAUACCAUGCCUUUUGGGCACUGGGUGUCCGUGUCUACAUCAAAGGCACCCCGCCACCACCACCCAAAAAAUCCAUAAACCAAACAGGAGUCCUUUUCAUUUGCUCUCACCGAACCCUGCUUGACCCUAUCUUCCUUUCCACAGCCUUGGGCCGCCCAAUCCCCGCCGUCACAUACUCCGUCUCUCGCCUCUCCGAAAUCAUCUCCCCCAUCAAGACCGUCCGCCUCACUCGAGACCGUGCCGUGGACGCUUCCAUGAUCAAAAAAUUGCUUCAAGAAGGUGACUUAGUUAUAUGCCCUGAAGGAACAACUUGUAGGGAACCAUUUUUGCUUCGGUUCUCCGCCUUGUUCGCGGAAUUGACUGAUGAGCUCGUUCCUGUAGCGAUGGCUAACAGAAUGAGCAUGUUUCAUGGCACGACGGCGAGAGGGUGGAAAGGGAUGGACCCAUUUUACUUCUUUAUGAAUCCAAGUCCAGCUUAUGAGGUGACGUUCUUGAACAAGUUGCCUUAUGAGAUGACUUGUGGUUCGGGCAAAACGAGUCAUGAAGUUGCGAAUUAUAUACAAAGGUCGAUUGCUGGUAGUUUGUCCUAUCAGUGCACCAGCUUCACUAGGAGGGAUAAAUAUAGGGCAUUGGCUGGAAAUGAUGGCAUUGUUCUUGAGAAACCUAAGCUUGCAGCCAAAAAAAUUAUGGGUUGCUAGUGUUUCAAUGUU